UUUCCGCGGUGCUGGAAAACCGGAGAAAAGGAUCGUCGCCCGAGCGAUACACCUUCGUCGUAGAGUCAUCGACGUAUCUUAACGACUGUGCGUCGGACAGACGGCCGGCCGUCGGAAUCGAUUCCGCGAGUCCGAGGAUACCGGUUGGUGAAAACGGCUAAUAACAAGCUCGAAAGGUGAACGUGUUCAGGAUGCGGCCGUUUCACAGCCAGUUGCUAAACGACGUUGUGCGAUUCCUUGCUUAUUGAUCUUUCACGUUUUACCGGCUAUUUAUUUAUUGGCGAAUCUGCUCGGACGAGCGUUUUAUUAGUUUGAAACGCAAUCAGAAAUAUUGGCCACCCACAAAUGGGCAGAUUAAAAGCUUCGUAUUAAAAAAUUGUCGAUUAAAAGAUCGUAGCUUCUCCUCGAACGAUCUUUUCGGGCCUGAGUGUUCGCGUUUAGUUUACCGAUGAGUCCUCGCACGCUCGUCAAACCGUCAGCUACCUGCUCGCUCGUCGAGGGGACAUAACGAGCCGCGAGCCAUAAGAGCGCAGUCCGGCGCGAAUCUCCGCGCGCGACGCAACACGCGGGACGAUCCUUUUCUCCAAUUUUCGGCACUUUUUAUUUUUAACUCGCGUCGUCUCCGCGUAACCGGGAAGACGAGUUUUUUCGCAUUCGAGACGUCCGAAGAAACGCGUCUUCGCGAUCGUUCGUAUUUUAAAUUCGUUUUACGCCGACCGCGGACACCGAAGGCAAACGGAGACCGAGAGGGAGAAGAGUCGGGUAUUGUGUCGAUGGUGCAGUGAUCGCGAAAUUAUUGGUGCACGCUGGAGCCGGGCCUCUAAAAUUCUACGGGGGCCGAGGGAACACCGUGACGAGGUCUCAUUUGCCCUACGAACUUCUCGCGGAUCGAAUCGGUGAACGUGUCACCCCUUACGCGAUGAUACCACCGAGGAUCUAGACAGCCACGAUAAUGGAAACAUGAAGACUUCGAAAAAUCGUGCGCUCGAUCGACUCGCCUCCAAUCCCGUCCACUAUAAAUGACCGAUGUGACGCAGCCCAUCAGGAAUAUUUUUACGCAAAAUGAUUCGUGCCCUUGUCCUUCUGUGCAUGGCCGUUCUACCUCUCGUACGAUGUCACAAGAUCCACGAACACAUGACAAGGGAAGAGAUGCUAUCGGUGUUUCACACGGGACACGAAUCUGUACCAACGUACGAAGUUGUGCCUGUGCUGCAUUCGGUGCACAAGAGGAGCGUAGGGAGGCCGGAGGUACAUUUGAAGGCCUUCGGAAGAGACAUCAGUCUGUCGUUGAAGCCCACAGAAGGGUUGCUGACAGCGAACCACUUGCCAAUGUGGACUGUCACGAAAAACGUGUCGCAACCCGAUGGCCUCCAUUAUGAGAAAGUGACGGAUGCCGACACAGAAAUCGGUGACAUCUAUCAAGACACGACGAACAUGGCAUCCAUUCUGCUGCACCGAGACGCGAAUGGGAAAGUGCUCGUUGACGGCGACAUCGGCUCCGAGCUGGUGAUACGACCACUGCCAGAUAGGAUAGAAGAAAUAGUUAACAAGAAUUCGAGUCUUCGCGGAGAAGAACUACUGCCGAGCGUGGCGCAAAGUAAAGGGGACUUGAAGCGCACGAGUCAUCAUGUGGUGUUCAAGAAAGCGGCUCGUCCGACCGGCGACGAGUACACCGAUUUCACACUGAUGGAGCCCGACCGUCUGGCCAAGAGGUUCAGAACGAAACGUUCGACGACCGCCAGAACGAAGAGGGAGGCGCCGUACGUCAUCUACCCCGAGAUCCUCUGCAUCGUCGACUACGACGGUUACAGAUUACACGGCGGUGACAACGUUCAGAUCAAAAGGUACUUCGUGUCGUUCUGGAACGGAGUAGAUCUGAGGUACAAGCUGCUGAAGGGGCCGAAAAUUCGAAUCAGCAUCGCGGGGAUUAUUAUAUCACGGGGUAGAGACGCUACGCCGUAUUUGGAGAGGAAUCGCGUCGGACGGGACGCGAUCGAUUCGGCAGCCGCGUUGACCGACAUGGGCAAAUAUCUCUUCCGAGAGAGACGGCUUCCGGUGUACGACAUCGCCGUUGCCGUUACGAAAUUAGAUAUGUGCAGGAGGCAAUACGCGAAUGACGUGUGCAAUAGAGGAACCGCAGGAUUCGCGUACGUGGGUGGAGCCUGCGUCGUGAACAAGCGUUUGGAAAAAGUGAAUUCCGUCGCUAUAAUCGAGGACACCGGGGGAUUCAGCGGAAUCAUCGUCGCGGCUCAUGAAGUAGGCCACUUGCUGGGUGCAGUUCACGAUGGUUCACCACCGCCCAGCUACCUCGGAGGCCCUGGAGCCGAGAAGUGUCGCUGGAACGAUGGAUACAUCAUGAGCGAUCUCAGGCACACCGAGAAGGGCUUUAAAUGGUCUCAUUGCAGUGUCUCGUCGUUCCAUCAUUUCUUGAAUGGAGAUACAGCGACGUGUUUGUACAACGCACCUCACGAAGACGAAGCUCUGCCCAGAGUUCUACCCGGGAAAUUGCUUUCGUUGGAUGCCCAGUGUCGAAAAGAUCGAGGGACAAGCGCUUGCUUCAAAGACGAUAGAGUCUGUGCUCAGCUAUUUUGUUUCGACGCUGGAUCGGGAUACUGCGUGGCGUACCGUCCAGCGGCCGAGGGUUCGCCCUGCGGCGAUGGCCAGUAUUGCCUGAACGGGAAAUGCGUGGCGGAGCACGAGAACAUAAUACCGGAUUACACGCAGAACAUCCCAACGUACGUACGCCGGGACGGCAGUUUUAGUCCAGCUCACAAUCGGCCCCUGUACGGCCAGUACAACAGUACGGAAUACAGGUAUCCGUGGGAAACGACGACACACAGCACGCCACAAUCGAAAUUCAAAUACUCGCCGUCGUCGAAUCCAUUCUCGUCGACGAGCAACCCUACUCCCAAACGCGUGACACCGUUGUCCGCGACGACCCCGGCGACUAAACGCGCGUACACCACCGCCAGUUAUCCGUACGCGAAUAAACACAAGACUAAAGUAAACGGUAGUAACGACGCUAGUUAUAGUAAGAACGGAUACGCUGGCGGCGGUGGUACGAGCACCAGGAAGUAUGCCAAUUACUCGUAUUAUACGAUUAGCCCCAAGACGAUGGUCACGAACGACCUGAACUAUCCGAAAAUAAUCCCGUUCAAACAUAAGAACACGAUGAGCACGGUGUCGUACUCGACAACAGCCGAAGGAGAUCGAGACGGGCCUCAGACCGAUGCUCGCGGACCAGAGGACGAUGAGUGCACGGACGUGGGAUCAGAUUGCGCGGAGCUGAUCGACAGGCUGAGAACAUGGCUGUGCCAUUUGCAAUCUGUGAAAAACCGAUGCUGCGCGUCCCUGAAGACUAUCUGCACAGUUUGAAGUAGCAGCAGCGUUCGACCGGUUCUUACGAUUCGCUAAUCGAAGUUCGCGUGGCAAUCAGACUACCAUCGGACAUCGAUACACCCGACGCGCACUCAGCACGCGUUCAGCUCGACGAGCAAACAAAAAAAAAAACUGAAACAAUUAUCUUGUUCACCAUCGAGGAAUCAGGACUAGGUGAAUCGUGCACGCGGUGUCACCGAGGCGCGUCUCGAAAGAGUUCUUAUUAAGAAAAAAAUAAUAAAGGGAAAAGACAGUCUCGCGAGGUCGAGUAAUAAUUCUGUUAAUUAAGUAGCUACGUAACUUUCACUGUGUUACCCAAAAUAUAACUUCGUUCUCUCUCCUCUCUUUUCUAUUCUUUCUUGUUUUACUGUAGUACCGCAGCAGCUUUGUACAGACGGCGAGUGUUAACAAAAACGAAUCGGACUGUCCAGUACGGACAAGUCCCGAUCGAUCGAUCGAUCUAUCUAUCUGAUAAAUAUUUAUUCGAUGCGCGGCAGACUUUUGUGUUACGAUUUUAUUAUAGUACGCGCGUGUCGACCCGUAUUUUAGCGUGAACGCGCGCUUAAAUGAGCUUCGCCUAAAUCAUGAAAAUUGUAGUGAAACACAAAUAAAUGGUGAUUAUAUGAUA